AUGCCUCCAAAACUUACAAGUCGAAUCCAGCGCAUAAACGGCGUCCGACUAGCCGGACAGCCAUCCACCUGGGACAUCCAAAUCGAAUAUCCCACGGACAGCGGUACAAUCACAUCCGUGACCCCGCAUGAAGAUGAAGGCACACACAUCACCGAGUCGCCCUUAGCGCUACCAGCAUUGACCCAUCCACACAUCCACCUCGACAAAGCAUUCAUACACAGCACGCCCGAAUAUGCCCAAUUCCUUCCCUCAACAGGCACAUUCCAGGAAGCACUCUCCUCAACAACAAAAGCAAAACAACAAUUCAACCACGCCGAUCUAAUUAAAAGAGGCGAAUGGCUCCUCGCCGAGUCCCUCGCUUCCGGCGUAACAGCAAUGAGAACGUUCGUCGAGGUAGACCAUACAGUCCAACACAUCUGCCUCAAAGCCGCAGCAGAACUCAAAGAAAAAUGGAAACAAGCCUGCGAAAUCCAGAUCGUCUGUUUCGCCCAGGAUCCUAUCUUCUCUACUGAACACGGGGAUCAGAAUAUGCGCCUCGUAUCCGAGGCUCUGGAUAAAUAUCCCCAGAUCGAAGUUCUCGGUACAACACCCUACGUCGAGACUAGUAUCGAUGCUGCAAAGGCUAAUAUCGACUGGGCGAUUGAUCGCGCCCUCGCAUUGGACAAACAUCUCGAUUUCCAUCUCGAUUAUAACCUCGACACGACCAAAGAACCGCUCGUCUGGCAUGUUCUCCACACCCUCAAACAACGAGGCUGGACAACCGGUUUAACAACCAAACGUGUCAUGCUCGGCCAUUGCACGAGACUAACACUCCUCUCGGAGAACGAGUGGAUCAGAAUUGCGCGCGAUAUCCAUGAGAACGAUCUACCUGUUAGUUUUGUCGGGUUACCAACGAGUGAUAUUUACAUGGCGUCGUCGGCUGGUGUUAACGGUAGCGAGACUGCACUUCAAUCUCGACCAAGGGGAACGCUACAAAUCUUAGAGAUGAUCCGGAAAUAUGGCCUGGAUGCUGUGAUAGCAGUGAAUAAUGUCGGGAAUUCGUUUACGCCGUGGGGAGCGCCUGAUCCGUUGGCAUUGGCUUGUUUGGGGGUUGGGGUUUAUCAGGCUGGCAGUCAGGAUGAUGCGGAGUUGUUAUUUGACAGCCUGGAAAAUCUGCCUAAACUCGGCAUCCGUCCUGGUGACACUGUUAUCCUCAUCGUCGUACAUGUCGUGCCCAAGGUUGUGGGUAGACAAAUCCUCCUUAACAACCAUGAGACCAUUCUCAGUUAA